GAAUGUAAUAAACCAACGCUUACCAGAAGAAGUCGUGACCUUGGAUGGUCCCCAUACGUCACCAUGAAUAAGAGAGAAAUGGCUAGAUGGUGUAUACAGUUUGUGAGGAAAUGAAACACGAGUAUGUUUAGUGAUUUGGCAAAUAUCACAUUGAAAAUCAGCAACAUUUUUAUUUAAUAACAAAGAAGGAAACAAAUGUCUUAAAUAUAAAAAACUUGGAUGUCCAAGUCGACAAUGCCACAACAUAAUUUUUUGCGAAGUUGAAUCAAAGAUGAAUUAGAAAUAGAACUUGAAGUUAAACAGUGCAGAUAAGGCAACUCUUUGUUCGGGUGCUGAAAGAAAUAAAGUUUGUCACGAAUCCUAGCACUGCCAAUCGUCCUCCUCGAUGAUAGAUCCUGAGAUUGACAAGAAUCAGACAUAAAUUUAGCAAGACAGCGAUUAUCAGAGGUUAAUUUUUUAACAGAGAUUAAGUUGCAUUGUAAGAAGGAACAAAGAGAAUUGAUUUAAGAAAUUAAUCAACAGACAAUUUUAUGGUGCCAAUUCCUGCAAUAGGUAAGUGAUUACCAUCUGCAAUCUUAACACUAGAGGCAGUAGAUCAGGGACUAUAAGAAUCAAACAAAUGAAGUAAACUUGUCAUGUGAUCAGUCGCCCUUGAAUCGAUGAUCCAUGGUGUACGGGAAGCGGAAGAGAAAUUACCAGAGUGUGCAACAGAAGCACUAUGAGAAUCGGGACCAGACUUUGGUUUUAUGGAGGAUUGACCAAGGAGUGUGUAUAAAUGUUCGAGUUGUUCCUUACUGAAUGAAGGGGCAGCAGUACCACUAUGAGUAGGCUACUCUCAAUCUGGGUUUGGUAGGCCUUUCUGUUAUUUUGGCGACGGGGAGUCCAAUUUGGUGGUUUACCAUGAAUUUCCGAACAAGUGGAGCGAGUGUGACGUUGACAGUGAUCACACCAAGGUCGAUCACCCUUGCGAUUAGGUGGAGGAUCAGGAUUCGAUCUGCCAAACGGUGGUGGACCAGACUUUGAGACAAGAGCUGAACUCUCUACGAGCAGUAAUUCUGGAGUAGUGAGCAUGACGCGACGACAUGCUACUUCACGUGUGACCUCAGAGAAAGCUUCUUCAGUGUCAGGAAACGGAGAACGACUCACCAAACGACCCCAAACUUAAUCAAGAUUACUGUUCAACCAAAUAAGAAAUUCAAAAACCCGCUCAUUUUCUAAUUGUUGGCGCUGAAGAGUGGUGCAGGUAGCACAUAAAGGAAUGGUAUCCAGUUACAAAUCGAGUUCCUGCCACAGGUCUUGUAAGUCUGAAAAGUAUUGGGUAACAGUGUGAUUACUUUGCUUGAUUUCUUUGAGUAUAGUACGAAUUUCAAAAUCUGAGAGGGAUUCCCAAGAUCUGAGUACAUCUUUUUAGCAGCAUCCCAUACUUCCUUAGCAGAUUUAAAAAAUAAAUACCUGCGAUUGAUCUUUGGAUCCAUUGAAUUAGUAAGCCAUGCAAAAACAAUAGAAUUCUCAGCCUGCCAUACCUUGUAGGUUGAGUCAGUCAGUGGAGGGGCAGGAAUGUCAUUGGUUAGAUAUCCGAGUUUUCCAUGUCCACAAAUGACUAACUUUAGUGACUGUGCCGAUUGUAAAUAGUUCCUACCAUCGAGUUUGUGGGUCGUGAUGUGGAGAGAGCUGGUAUCAUGACUAUAAAUGGAGCCAAAGGACUGACUUUGAGCCUGAGUUUGGGCUGGAAUUGAGUUAGGCCCACUAGUUUGAGAGGAGAUUUCUUCACUGCCUGACAUGCUGACACAUGGCUAGGGCUGGCAAGUGGGGAUGGAUCUGUCAAAGGGAUUUUUGGCAGUUUGUAUGUCAAGGGGCCUAGGCUCACAGACUGAGGCAGUUUGUGCCCUUUUUUCUGUUUGAAGAAAGACACAACCGAGGCUACGGAUUGGCCGACUAGAGAGUGGACUGGAGACUGGCUUGGUCGACCGGAGACUAAAUUGGAGACUGGCCUGGCUGAGAACUUCAGACAACCGUUGGAGGUUGUGCGACGGGAGAAGACGCCGAAGUGUACUGCCGAGAGUUGCGCCUGGAGACUGCCGAGGAGAGCUGUGCCGCUGAACAGAAGCUACCGGCGCCGGAGAGGACAACCGAAGCUGGACAGAAAAAAAAAUUGCCAAGAAGAAGAAAAAAGCCUUACGGCUCUGAUACCAUAUAAAAUGGGAACUGGGACACUUUGGAGGUCCGUCCAAAAGCAAAAGGGCUGGAUACUAGACAGGAGCUGAUUAAACUAUAUGAAGAAAAUUAUUCAGCGAACCUCAUGCAUCUGGUUGUAUAUGGAAAAGAUAACCUGGACAAAAUUCAAGCCCUUGUGGAGGAAAAGUUCUUAGAUAUUAAAAACAAAGAUCGCAGCAGCCCCCGCUAUCCUGGCCACCCUUGCUCAUCAGAACACCUACAGAUUCUUGUUAAAGUUGUCCCGAUCAAGCAAGGUCAUAAGUUGAGAAUUGUGUGGCCCAUUACUCCAGAAAUUCACCAUUACAAGGAAGGGCCUUGCAGGUAUCUUGGUCAUCUUAUUGGCCAUGAAGGAGAGGGAUCUUUGUUUUACAUCUUAAAAACAUUGGGAUGGGCAACUGGUUUGUCUGCAGGUGAAGGGGAUUGGUCAUUGGAUUUUUCUUUCUUUAAAGUAGGGAUUGAUCUUACUGAUGCUGGUCAAGAGCACACACAAGAUAUAAUAGGUUUGCUUUUCAAAUAUAUUGCUCUAGUACAGCAGUCUGGUGUUUGCAGUUGGGUAUUUGAGGAGCUUGCAGCUGUUUCUGAGACACAUUUUCAUUAUCAAGACAAGAUUCGUCCUAUUGAUUAUGUCGUCAAUAUUUCAACCAAUAUGGAGUUAUAUCCCCCCAAAGAUUGGCUUGUGGGUUCAUCAUUGCCGUCUAUAUUCAGUCCAAGCAUUAUUCAGAAGGUGCUGGAUGAUCUUACUCCAAACAAUGUGCGAAUUUUCUGGGAGUCAAAGAACUUUGAAAACCAUACGGAUAAAGUUGAGCCAUGGUAUUCAACUGCCUAUUCCAUUGAGAAAAUUACUGGCUCCAUGAUUCAGGAAUGGAUGCUUUCUGCUCCUAAUGGAGAACUGCAUCUACCAGCCCCUAAUGUCUUUAUCCCAACUGAUUUGUCAAUUAAAGAUGUGCAUGAAGAGGUCAAAUAUCCAGUUCUCGUAAGAAAGUCGCCAUAUUCGAUAUUGUGGUACAAACCUGAUACGGUGUUUCUUACUCCUAAAGCUUAUGUUAAGAUAGACUUCAGCUGUCCCCAUGCUAAUGACUCCCCAGAAGCAGAAGUUCUAAGCAAUAUUUUUACAGAGUUGUUGAUGGACUACUUGAAUGAAUAUGCUUAUUAUGCUCGUGUUGCUGGGCUUUAUUAUGGAAUAAGCCACACGGAUAGUGGAUUCCAGGUAACUCUAGUUGGUUAUAAUCACAAGUUGCGGAUCUUACUGGAAACUGUGGUUGGAAAGAUUGCAAGUUUCCAAGUGAAACCGGACAGGUUCUCUGUAAUUAAGGAAAUGGUAACAAAAGAGUACCAAAAUUUGAAGUUUCAACAGCCCUAUCAGCAGGCUAUGUACUAUUGCUCAUUAAUUCUACAAGAUGGCACAUGGCCGUGGAUGGAAGAACUUGAAAUUCUUCCUCAUCUGCAAGCUGAUGAUCUUGUUAAGUUUGUUCCUUUACUGCUUUCAAGAGCCUUCUUUGAGUGUUACAUAGCAGGAAAUAUUGAACGCAGUGAAGCUGAGUCAAUGGUCCUGCACAUAGAGGAUGUUCUGUUCAAGGAUUCAAAUCCUAUUUGCCGACCUUUAUUCCCAUCCCAACAUUUGACAAGCAGAAUUGUGAAGCUUGAAAAUGGCACAAGUUACUUCUACCCUGUGGAAGGCCUUAAUCCAAGUGAUGAUAAUUCUGCUCUUGUCCAUUAUAUUCAGGUUCAUCAAGAUGAUUUUAGAAUGAAUGCGAAACUUCAGCUAUUUGCGCUAAUUGCAAAGCAACCAGCCUUCCACCAGCUUAGAUCAGUUGAGCAACUUGGUUACAUCACUGUCUUGCUUUCAAGGAAUGAUAGUGGUGUUCGUGGAUUACAGUUCAUUAUCCAAUCCACGGCGAAGGGUCCAGCACAAAUAGAUUUAAGAGUAGAAGCUUUCCUCAAGAUGUUUGAGACUAAACUCUAUGAAAUGACCGAUGAUGAAUUCAAGAGCAAUGUAAAUGCUUUAGUUGAUAUGAAGCUUGAGAAACACAAGAACUUAAGGGAAGAAUCUGGAGUUUACUGGCGAGAGAUUUCAGAUGGGACCCUCAAGUUCGAUCGAAGAGAAGCUGAGGUUGCAGCACUAAAGCAGCUCACACGACAAGAACUAAUAGAUUUUUUCAAUGAAAAUGUAAAAGUCGGGGCACCUCAGAAGAAGGAAUUGAGUGUGCGAGUGUCUGGGAACCUCCAUUCUUCCGACUACAAAACAGAUAAAACUGAACCUGCACAGCCCGGCUCAGUCAGAAUUGAUGAUAUCUUCAGUUUCAGAAGGUCACGGCCGCUUUAUGGUUCAUUCAGGGGAAGCUUUGGUCAUGUGAAGUUGUAGAGAGACUAAAAAACAGGGAAGAUUGCAUGGAAAACCUCCCUGCAUCAACUUGGCAAAAAGUAAGAGCAUUGAAUACCCCAUCUGAAAACCAAGCUUGUGUCCUAUUUAGUCAUUUUUUAAAGGACAUGUUAUUCAAAUAUUUUAGUGGGUCAGAAUGACAAUUUUUGUUGAUGUUAGAAUCAUUAAUAUCGAUUGCUACCUCAAAAAUGUUACCACAUCUACAUGACCAUUCCUUGCUACCAAUAAAACUAUUAUAGAAUUUUAACUUGGGAAGAAA